GGUGUAGCCGAUAUUAGGCUACUCUUAUAAAUUGUUGGAUAUGGAGCUUGUAAACCAAUGUUUAGCCUAUGUAGGCCUAACAGCCUGUCAAUCAGCUAGGGAGCAGGCUUAAAUGCAACAAUUUUAGGCUAUUGAAUGAUCGCAUUCCAAAUAGCCUUGCCUGAAUCUAGGUCCAUGCUAUAACCUAUAUAUAGCCAAGUCUUACCCUUUUAUAUGACCGGAGCAACAACCAAGAAACCAUAAGCUAUUCUUUUUUUAGCCGAGGUAAGGAAGAAGAAGAGGAGGAGCAGAGGCGAGAAAGGGGGGAGGCGGGUCGGUUGUAUAGUUUGUGUCCAACCGGGAAGAAGUUUCGGAGCAAGCCUCAGCUGGCUCGUUACCUUGGCAACCAGAUGGACCUCAGCUCCUUCGACUUCCGCACGGGGAAGAUGCUCAUGAGUAAACUGAACAAGAACAGACAGAGACUCCGCUAUGACAACAACAAUCAGACCAAGGGCAAGCCAGACCUGAACACAUCACUUCCCGUCAGACAGACUGCUUCCAUCUUUAAGCAGCCUGUCACCAAGGUUACCAACCACCCCAGCAACAAAGUCAAGACUGAUCCACAGAAAGCUGUGGACCAGCCAAAACAGCUUUUCUGGGAGAAGAAGCUUGGUGGUCUCAAUGCGUUUGACAUCGCAGAGGAGCUAGUGAAGACAAUGGACCUGCCUAAAGGUCUGCAAGGAGUUGGACCUGGAUGUACAGACAAGACUCUACUGUCAGCGAUAGCCAGCGCCCUGCACACUAGUGCAGCCCCUAUCACCGGUCAGCUGUCUGCAGCCGUGGAGAAGAACCCAGGGGUGUGGCUCAACACGACUCAGCCCCUCUGCAAGGCUUUCAUAGUCACUGACGAGGACAUCAGGAAGCAGGAAGAGCUGGUGUACAGUGUGAGGAAGAAGCUGGAGGAGGCUCUAAUGGCGGACAUGUUGGCUCAUGUGCAGGAAGCAGCCAGUGAGGGCGACUCACUCAAUGAAGGCAAUGAUGACAUGGAGACUGUAUAGCAGAGGGAGAUGGGGUGUUAUAGAGUAGUCUGGAUGGGUUUUUCAACUCCUUGUCAAAUGACAAUGAAACCAGGAACCCUGUACCAAUCCAACCAAAAGAACUGCCCACUUUCUGCCCAUCCCCUUCCACGUGCUACCCCUCUGAAGCUCUGCCUACCUACUGUCCACCUCGUCCACUGUUUUGCCUCUUCUGGCACCAGCCCCAUGAAAGUACUUGGACUCAGGAAUUCUGAAUCAAAUGGAUUAUUAGCUAAAUUAUCUUUCUUUUGAAAAAGAUAGCAUGAAAUAAAAUGUUGGCAGGGCAGAGUGAAAGAGAUUGGUUUCGUACAGUAUGAUGAAUUGAGUGUUCGAUGAUGUAGUCUUUUUGUUUUGGAAGACAUUUUAUGGAUUUACUGAAUGUGAGUUAUAUAUUGUGACGAUCAUGUCAACCCACCCCAAAACAGGUUUUAAAUUCAUUGGGAUAUUUUGAAUUAGAAGUGAAUUCUGUUUUUUCCCAUGGGUUUUUCUUUCUGGGUGUCUAAUGCACUCCAUGGGGAUAGAUGGACCCUAUUUUAAUGGUACUUUGGCUUAUUUUACAGGGCUAUGUGAGAGGCUUUGGUGAGAGGGAACAAGAUUCUUGCCUAAAUGAUGAUAAUGUGGCAGGUAGCCUAGGGGUUAAGGGCGUUGGGCCAGUAACCGAAAGGUCACUGAUUCAAAUCCCCGAGCCGAUGAAAAAUCUUCCCAUGUGCCCUUGAGCAAGGCACUUAACCCUAGUUGCUCUGGAUAAGAGUGUCUGCUAAAUGACUAACAUGUCAAUUAUGCACUCUAAAUUCUAACGCUUGUGUUAAUCACAGGAGAGAGUAUUAGUGAAAAAUCAUUGCAUCGUGUUCUCAAGAAAAUAUCCUUAUUGUUGUAAUGUAGUCCAUAUAAACCCCUUACCCAGUACUUAUGAGUCAGGCCAUACUGUUCUGAGUUAUAAUGGGUACAACAGUUGAGUCAGGCCAUACUGUACUGAGUUAUAAUGGGUACAACAGUUAUGAGUCAGGCCAAACUGUACUGAGUUAUAAUGGGUACAACAGUUAUGAGUCAGGCCAUACUGUACUGAGUUAUAAUGGGUACAACAGUUAUAAGUCAGGCCAUACUGUACUGAGUUAUAAUGGGUACAACAGUUAUGAGUCAGGCCAUACUGUACUGAGUUAUAAUGGGUACAACAGUGAUGAGUCAGGCCAUACUGUACUGAGUUAUAAUGGGUACAACAGUGAUGAGUCAGGCCAUACUGUACUGAGUUAUAAUGGGUACAACAGUUAUAAGUCAGGCCAUACUGUACUGAGUUAUAAUGGGUACAACAGUUAUGAGUCAGGCCAUACUGUACUGAGUUAUAAUGGGUACAACAGUUAUGAGUCAGGCCGUACUGUACUGAGUUAUAAUGGGUACAACAGUUAUGAGUCAGGCCAUACUGUACUGAGUUAUAAUGGGUACAACAGUUAUGAGUCAGGCCAUACUGUACUGAGUUAUAAUGGGUACAACAGUUAUGUAGAAUGGACCCUCUGUCACGUGGAUCCUCUGCUACAUGUUGUAGAUUUUGUUACGUUUAACACUCUCUGUAUAGGUGCUCACAGAAGUUGUUGGUUUAAUGUUGGUGUUUCUAGCCAAUGCACAUUUUUCCCAUGGCCAUGACUUCAGUCAACAUAUUUUUUUAAUGUUUCCAAUAAUGUGUCAAUGCCACCACAACACAUGCUGCCUCCUUGUUAUCUUGUUCACUGGGUGCCAGACAGUAAGCUAAGAUUUUUUUUGUUUGAAUAAAGGUGAAGAUUCUCAGUGUUGAGAAAAUGAAAUGAGCUUUGAACAUUUACCUACAUUUCUCAAAGUUUGAUGUAUGUAUGAAAUGUCAAGCUCAAUGCGAUCCCUAUCCCACAUCAGCAGGCUGACUGCUGAACUGAUUUGGAUUGUGUUACUGAAUAAAAUGUAUCUGUAUUUCAACAGUA